AUGGAGUACAACAGGAGCGGGCUCUGGGGCAGGGGCUCCUCUUCCAGAGGCCCGGAGGAGCCGGUGGUGGUGCUGCCCGUCUUCUCGGCUGCCGCUCAGGUCCGGGUGGGGCUCACCCUGCUGCUGUGCGUGAUCUCGGCCUCCUGCAACCUGGCCCUGCUGUGGAGCGGCUGGCGCAGCAGCAGGCCAGCAGCCAAGGGCUCCCACGCACGCCUCCUGCUCCUGCACCUGGCGGUGGCCGACCUGCUGGUGGCCUUGGUGGUGAUGCCCCUGGACGCGGCCUGGAACAUCACGCUGCAGUGGCAGGCUGGGGACGUGGCCUGCCGGCUCCUCAUGUUCCUGAAGCUGCUGGCCAUGUACGCCUCGGCCUUUGUCACCACUCUGAUCAGCCUGGACUGCCAGGCGGCCAUCUUGCAGCCCCUGGCCACUGCCCGGGCCUGGCGCAGGAACCAGGUCUUGCUCUACGGGGCCUGGCUGAUGAGCGCCAGCCUCUCCACUCCACAGCUGUUCCUGUUCCACACGGUCACCAUCCGCUCCCCCCAGAACUUCACCCAGUGCACCACCCAAGGCUCCUUCGCCCGGCACUGGCACGAGGUGGCCUACAACAUGUUCGGGUUCCUGGGCCUCUUCCUGCUCCCGCUGCUGGUCAUGAGUGCUUGCUACACCCGGGUCCUCUUGGAGAUUUCACGGCACGUCAGCUCCUGCAACCACUGGUCUGCCCAAGAGAUGCCCCUGCGCCGCUCGCGCAACCCCAUCCCCAGGGCGCGUCUCCGCCUGCUGCACCUCAGCCUGGCCAUCGUCGGCUCCUUCGUGCUCUGCUGGACCCCUUACUACCUGCUGGGCCUGUGGUACUGGUUCUGGCCAGAGGGCAUGGAGAGGGCAGUGAGCCCCUCGCUGGCACACAUCCUCUUCCUCUUCGGCUUGCUCAACGCCUGCCUGGACCCCAUCACCUACCGCCUCUUCGCUGGGGGCUGGCAGGGCGGGUGCUGCAGGGCAGCCGGGCGAGGGAAGCAGCUGCCUUCCCCCAUCACCGGCUCCUUCCAGGGCUCCGUGUCUUCUGCUCGCCCCCAGAGAGAGGGCAGGCUGCUCCCCUCUGACACAGCAGAGAUGGCCCUGGGCCCGGGCUCAAGGCCCCUCCUGAGGACCUCUGCAGGCCCGACGGGCAGCCCUUGCCGCCAGCUGAGUGGGAAGGCUGCCCAAACCUCCCAUUUCUCCCUGAAAGACACCCUCCUCCGCCUCAUUUCAGCCCAGGAUGCAGGAAGCCCCCGCUGGGCCUCCCCCGGGGCCCCCCAAGAGAUGCCUCAUCAGCCCCCCGGCUGUUCUGAGGGCUCCCCAGAAGGACGGAAUUGCCUUGGCACAGGGUUGGUGGCCCCUCCACUCUUCUCGGGCCCCGCCCUGGCCGUGGCCAGACACACCCAGGGCGAAGGGUACUGCUCUCUCCCUGGAUUUGAGGCAGACUUGAGGCAGUCGUCCCUGGAUCAGGGCUUCAGGCCAGUCAUGAGGCUGGUUGCCAUCUGCUUUGCCAAUGGCGAGGUGACGCUAGAAAGUGGGGACCCUCAUGGGGCUACCCGAGGGGGCAUGGACCCACUUUCUAAACGAGGUUGA